AGUGAGGCCGCCGGUAGCAUAACAUUUCACAAUGGAUAGUGCCGUUCUAUUAAAAAAAAAGUGUCCACCUUAUCGCGUCACACCAAACAGAGCUCUGAAAGAGAAAAAAAAAAAAAGUGGGAAUGAAUCUCGAUUUCACGUCCGCUACUGAAACCCUAAGAAGAAGAAGAUGGUGAUGGUGAUGGUGAUGGUGAUGAUUUUGAUUUUGUUGCAGUAACGGAAAGACUGAGUAACCGCCCAGGGUAGUUAAAUCUCAACCGCUCAUUUCUCAAGCCGCCGUGGAUGGGCCAGGCUUCUUCCACGGCCGCCGUCGCUUGCCGCCGCGAAAAUUGUCAAGCAAACCGCUCCGGCAGCAUCUCCAAGACCAGAUCCACUGCCUCGGUAUCUCCGAUGCUCGCCGCCGAGGAAGACGCCGAUGUUAACCGCGGUGGCCGGGCGGUGGUUGAAGGAAAAACAGAUUACAUCUCCGAUCUCCCUGAUGAGUGUUUGGCUGUGGUGUUUCAGUCGCUGAGCUCGGCUGAUCGGAACCGGUGCUCGCUCGUCUGCCGGCGGUGGCUUAUGGUUGAGGGACAGAGCCGGCAUCGUCUCUCGCUCAACGCGCAGAUGGAUCUGCUUCCGGUAAUCACUUCUCUGUUCUCUCGAUUUGAUUCUGUGACGAAGCUUGCUCUGAAAUGCGAUCGCAGAUCGGUUAGCAUCCGCGACGACGCGCUUGCUAUGAUCUCUGAGAGGUGCCCUAAUCUCACGCGCCUCAAGCUCCGCGCGUGCCGCGAGAUCACUGACUCCGGGAUGGAGGCCUUCGCGAAGAAUUGUAAGGGUUUGAAGAAGCUCUCGUGCGGAUCGUGCACGUUUGGAUCUAAAGGGAUGAACGCUGUGCUUGAUAAUUGUGCUUCCCUGGAGGAGCUAUCGGUGAAGCGCCUCCGUGGAAUCACCGAGACGGCGGAGCCGAUUGGUGCUGGCGUUGCGGCGGGGUCGCUGAAGACGCUUUGCUUGAAGGAGCUUUACAACGGGCAAUGCUUCAGGUCGUUGAUUCUCGGUGCCAAGAACUUGAGGACGCUGAAGCUUUUCCGGUGCUCUGGUGACUGGGAUAGCCUCUUUCAGCUCGUUGCUGCGGAAAGGGCCACGAGCAUGGUCGAGAUUCACCUGGAGAGGCUCCAAAUUGGCGAUGCUGGGUUGCGAGCUAUCGUGAACUAUUCGAGCUUGGAGAUUUUGCAUCUUGUGAAGACCCCUGAGUGCACGGAUUCAGGGCUUGUUGCGGUUGCGGAGCGAUGCAAGCUGUUGAGGAAGCUUCAUAUUGAUGGGUGGAAGGCGAAUCGAAUUGGUGAUGAAGGGUUGAUAGCGGUUGCCAAGUUCUGCCCUAAUUUGCAGGAACUUGUGCUCAUUGGGGUGAACCCCACUAAGGCUAGUUUGGAAAUGUUGGCAUCUAAUUGCCAGAAUCUAGAGCGGUUGGCUCUGUGUGGAAGCGAUACAGUUGGUGAUCCUGAAUUAUCUUGCAUUGCCGCGAAGUGUGUGGCUUUGAAGAAACUCUGCAUUAAGAGUUGUCCUGUUUCUGAUCAAGGAAUGGAAGCACUGGCAAGUGGGUGUCCCAAUUUGGUGAAGGUGAAGGUGAAGAAGUGCAAGGGUGUCACCUCUGAAGGUGGGGAUUGGUUGAGGCUCACAAGGGGUUCAGUUUCUGUUAAUUUAGAUGCAAAUGAAGCAGAACUUCAAGAUGCGAGUGCUAGUGAUGGUGGAGCACAAGAAAAUGGCCUAGAAUUUCCUCCAAUGCCUGGCCAAACAGCAGCAUCUUCAUCGGCCAAUGUUGGUGCAUCGAUCAGUGGUGCUGGACGAUCUAGUUCGUUCAAGUCGAGGUUGGGACUUUUGUCUGGGAGGAGCUUAGUGGCUAGCACCUUGAGAAGAUGGUCAGGUGGUAGCACUAGUGGGCGCCAUGCUUAGGUACAAACAAAGCAAAACUAAACCAAAAUUGCGUCUUUGACAUUUUUCAUGAUUGUGUGUAUCAUUUGAUUCUCUAUAUCUUGUACUUGAAUUUGAAAUUUAUGCCGUGUGAUGUUUAUUGCCUUUGGAAUUGAAUCUUCACGGUUGAAUUGAAGUGACAAUGGACAACUUUUCAUUCUCAACAA